CGCGAGUUCCGGGAUCCCCAGCCGCGGAGGUACGGGGGCCCGGGCGGCCGUGGGCCUCGUCGGGCUUAUUCUUGGCGGCGGCGGGCGGCCAUGGCGCGGAAGCCGAGCCUCUGGCUGCUGCUGUCGCUGCUGCUGCUCUGCCGGGCCCCGGUGUGCAGCUCCGGCCCGCUGCCCCUGAUCCUCAACACUUGGCCUUUCAGGAAUGCAGCCGUAGCAGCGUGGAGGACGUUGGCGGCUGGAGGGUCUGCGCUGGACGCGGUUGAGAGCGGCUGUGCGGCGUGUGAGCAGGAGCGCUGUGACGGCACCGUGGGCUUCGGCGGCAGCCCCGACGAGUCCGGAGAGACCACCCUGGACGCCAUGAUCAUGGACGGUACUACCAUGAACGUAGGAGCAGUGGGAGACCUUAGACGAAUUAAAAACGCCAUCGGUGUAGCACGAAAAGUACUGGAACACACGACACACACGCUGUUAGCAGGAGAGUCAGCCACCAAGUUUGCCGAAAGUAUGGGGUUUAUCAACGAGGAUUUAUCUACCGAUGCUUCUUGUGCCCUUCAUUCAGAUUGGCUUGCCUGGAAUUGCCAGCCAAAUUACUGGAGGAAUGUUAUACCAGAUGCUUCAAAAUACUGUGGACCCUACAAACCACCUAGUAUCUUAAAGCGAGAUGGUUCUACCUACAAAGAAACGGGAGAUAGCUACGGUCAUGAUACUAUUGGCAUGGUUGUCAUCCAUAAGAUGGGAAAUAUUGCUGCUGGUACAUCUACAAAUGGUAUAAAAUUCAAAAUACCUGGCUACCAAGCUGUAGAGUAUAUGAGAAGAGGAAAAGACCCAACCACAGCAUGCCAAAAAGUGAUUUUAAGAAUCCAGAAGUAUUUUCCCAACUUCUUUGGGGCUGUGGUAUGUGCUAACGUGACUGGAAGUUAUGGUGCUGCCUGCAAUAAACUUUCAACAUUUACUCAGUUUCAUUUCAUGGUUUACAAUCCCCUAAAAAGUGAGCCAACUGAGGAAAAAGUCGACUGCAUCUAAUCCAUCUUUUCUGUCCGCAUCUAUAUUUAAAGAAGAAAGAAACAGAGGCUGAAAAGGCUACUCACUGUCAUCGUAUAAUGUGCCUCAUGUAUUCUAAAGUUCUUUGUGUAAGAUAAGCACAAAAAUUUUAUGCUAAAAGAGCAUUUUCACUUUCUACAUCUGAAAAAUUUUUAUUAUCUGUUUUUAUUUAAGCUUUGUAUAUCCCCUGAAAAUGAAUAUGUGUGUGUAUGUAUUUUGUAUAUGUUUAAAUUUUGAGUGAUAUUUGGAUUUCUGCUCAGUGUUUCAAGAAAUUGCUCCUUUGGGGAUUUAGUUCCAUAGUGAUAUAGUAAAGCCACAAGAAAUAAUCUAUAUUUGGAUACUUAAAAUAAUUAGAGUAGCCCAGGUUUUUAGACCCAAAGAAAGAAGUAACAAUGAGUCACAGCAUGAUAAGUCCUGACUGAAUCUCAGUACCUUAGAGUAAUAUGUCUCUUAUCACUGGUUAUCAGUUGUACAUAACGCUGUCUUCUAGCCUGAAGAGGAAAGAAUGCUGUUAAUCAUAAAGGUGCGUUUUGUUUAGCACGUAUUAGAAAACGUGGGCCGUCUUCUGACGAGCAACUGUGUUGAUUUUCUUGGGCUUUUUCCUCUGGUGGUACUCUCAAUGUGUGAAGGUUUUUAGCCACCAAAAAAAAUCUCUGACCUUUUAGCUACAAAUAUUUAGUAUUGAUAAUUUCUUCCGAAAAUGAUUUAGGGAACUUGAUCUGUACUGUGGUUUUACUAAUCUCUUGUGCAGAUGUUGGUGGUUUGAAUUAGCAGUGAGUCAGUAACUCUCGUCUGCCUUGUUUUCCUGAGCGCUCGGUCAGCCGUCUGCGGACAACUAGACAGGACUGUAAGUGGGCUUUCUCAGUACCAUCUUUGCCUUCAUUACCUUCCUUUUACAUCAGGAGUCAUUAAUAAAACUAUGUACAGUGUUGUCCCCCACCUUCAGUAUAUCUGCUCCGUUUUGUCCUACACUCAUCUUAAGAUUUAAUGCUCUUUGUAAGUUAGGGCUAGAAAGCUGUAGUUUUGAGAAUGCCCUCAGGUCACCUGUUCUCAGGCCUUGCCAUGUGUCAUCACUGUCUGGGGAGCCUCUUCCCAAAUGCCCUCUGCUCUGUCCCACCCAAUCAGAGUCCUCACAAAUGGGAACUUGAAAGCUGGACUCGGCAGCUGCUGACGGCAGCCUGAGAGCUAAUAAGGAAGCAGUCCCGCAGCCUCACACUCACAGAGCGGAAGGGGAAAUCUGACUUUUGUGGGUUCCCCCAAGGCACCUCGACUUGCUGACAUCUGAUACGGGGCCUUGGAACAAGGGAAAAGCAGCCAGGUUUAAACUGGGAAUGUAUUUAUAUCAAGACGAAAUGCCUGUUCUGUGCGUUUGCCAUCCGCGGACAUGCUAGGCAGCCAUGCAUCACCAGAAAAAUGAGUUUGAAGGUCUUCAUGGCCUGUUACUCCCCAGCAAAUUAGAAGUUUAGCCGAUCCUGAUUUAUAGAAUUCUGACCUGAAGUUGUUAGACAUACAUAUGUGCACUAUAUACACAUAAACAAAAAAAGGGUCUGUUUCCAUUACCAGCACUCAAAUGAUCCCUUUUGGUUUCAAAAGGCAAAUAAUAAGCAUAAUGCAUUUUUAAUUGAGAUGUCAUACAUAGACUAUAAUAUACUUUUAAAGCCCAUAAUUUUUAAUUGUUGGACUUCUUUUUAAAGUGUUAUUACAUCUGAUGCUUGGUAUUUGAAUUUGGAGCUAAGAACAUAAUUGAACUCAGUAUCUUAAUAGUUUAAUUAACUUCAUGUGAAUUAAAAACUGAUGACACAAAUAUGUAUCUUAAUUGGAUGCUAAUUAUGAAAAUAGAUUAAGACCUAUUUAUGUCACUUUACUGGUCAUAUUUUAAAAAAGAUUCCUAGACCUUUCAAAAAGCUUCUAAAAAGGCAUAUUUAAAAUUUUGCUUGUUUUCUUGAGUAUUAUGCUAUUUAUGUGUUACUCAGUAUAUACUCAACCCCUGUCUUAGGAAGUUAAAAAGAUGAGAUAACAAGGUCUACAAAAAUUGUUCAUCUGCGAAUUGUUUGUGCCCCAUUUGUGCUAUAUGAUGAGUCUUUUCAUAUACAACCCAGGGUCAGCCAGUAAAGAGGUGCCAUAUUUCAGUAUUUGGAAAAGUAUAGCCAUUUGAGGGAUAAAAUCAUUGCCACAUUCAAAGUGGAUAUAAUGGGGAAAGUUAAAGCUGCCAUCAUCAACCUAUUUGCUUCUGAGUUAAAGGGACAGGAAGUCAUAUAGUUCUAAUGCAGGGACAGUGCACUAAAGAGUUGGUCAACUGAUUUAAACUUGUGACCUUUCUAUGCUGUGCAUUAGACGUGGUUGCUCACGUAUUCUCUUUAAUUAAAAUUUGGUUUCUAGAAUGUGGAUAAUAUGAGAAAAUCAGGUAUUAGAGUAGAUGUGGGAAAACAAAGUCCCUACCAAUUGCCAGCAAUCUGUCUCUAUUUCUUUCUAACUUGUGCAAAAUCCUUAAACACCAUAAAUGUCAAAACACUUCUUUCCAUUCCUAAAUAAAACCAAUGUCAUUUGUCUUCCUGUCCUGUUCUGUUUAUGGUAAUAAAGGCUGAUUGAAAAUUAAACCAAAGAGUUAAGAAU